AUGGACCCCACCCAGGCCCUGCCCUCCUCCCUCAGCCAGUUCCGGGAUCGUCUUUUCUGGGAUCGCUUUUUCAAAGACAGAAAUUCAAAACCCUUCGAGUGGUAUGGGACUUAUUCGGAUUUUAGGGGGGCCCUGGGGGCCCUGGGUCUCCUGCAGGGUUCAGCUGCAGAGGGGGCCCCCGGGGGCCCCUCAGGGGGGCCCCCAGGGGGGCCCCCCGGGGGGCCCCCAGGGGAGGGCCCCCAGAACCCCCUAGUGCUCCAUGUGGGCUGCGGCAAUUCCACGCUAGCUAAGGAGCUCUACGAUGACGGCUACACGCAAAUAGUAAAUGUUGAUUUUUCUCCAAUUGUCAUUGAGGAGAUGAAAGAGAAAUACAAAAAUAUAAAAACCCUAAAAUGGCAUUGUUUAGAUAUAAAGGGAAAGGGCCUCCAGGAGGCCUUUCUGGGGCAGGGGGCCCCUGGGGGCCCCCCUCAGGGGCCCCCCUCAGGGGCCCCCUCGGGGGCACCCCCCGAGGGGCCCCCGGGGGCCCCCCCCUUUGAUUUGGUACUAGAAAAAGGGUUUUUAGAUGCUUAUCUUUCUAUAGAUCAUGAAGAGCCAGCAGGAGAAGAGAGGGGCCCCCAAGAAGUACCCAGUCAGGGGGCCCCCGGGGGCAGCAGCAGCUCUGACGCCCCUGGGGGGCCCCCCAACGGGGGCCCCCAGGGGGGCCCCCAGGGGGGCCCCCAGGAGGGGGCCCAGGGGGCCCCCUAUGACUAUCGAAAGGCAGCAGCAGAAUACUUUGAAGGAGUUUUGGAUGUGCUGAAGGAUGGGGGGUCGUUUGUCCUUAUAACCCUUGCGCAAGAUUAUAUUUUGAAGGAAUUGGUUCGGUUUUUCUUAACUCGCCAAGUUCAGAUAGACAUGGUCUUUUGCCCCUCAGCUGACAGCAUAUCUGAGGGGGGCCCCUCAAGUCAAUUGCAGCCAUUUCUAAUUAGGGUUAAAAAGGGGGGCCCCCAGGGGGCCCCCCAGGGGGCCCCCCAGGGGGCCCCCCAAGGGGCACCCCAGGGAGCCCCACAAGAAACAAACGGGCAGAAAGCGAUCCGGGUACCGAUGUGCACGCUGUCAAAUGUACCUGGAAAAAAGGGCCCUGAGACGUUUCCUCUAUGGGAGCUGACAAGUACUGCAUUGAGGGAACUCGCCUGGACCUUCGUCACAGAAGAGGGCAACCAGCAGGUGGCGGAGCAGCUGGACGUGGGGCGUUUGUUGGUGGUGACAUUUCCGUUGGGGUUUGAAGAGAGUGUUGGAGAAGACAAAAAGGAAAUAAAAGAAAACGAAAGAGAAAACAAAAAAGAAAAUAAAAAAGAAAUUAAAAAUGAAAUUAAAAACCUUCUCAAUGAUUCUUUUGUUUCUUCAAAUUGGACUCAUUUAAUUCAAGAAGCUCAAAAGACACUCGGGCCUCUUCUCAGGGAAUUCGCCCUCGACUCCGAGACUCCAAUCCCCAUCAUGACUAUGGGAGAUCAAGUCCCUGUCAGGUCCAUUUUACUUCGACAACUUUCUUCUUUUUCUGGACAAAUUCUCGUCAGAGAUGUUCAGGACACAACCCUUUUAGGGGACUCGACCCCCAGGGGGGGCCCCGCGGGCACAGAAGGAAUGGCAAGACUGAGGGUACCCAACGGAGCCUCGCCCACGGACAAUUCCAAAGUCGAAUUUUUGUUCCAAGACCCUGCAGCCGCUUAUUACUGCGCCAUUGUCAUGGCGAUGGGCUACUCGAGCAAACUCGCCUCUUCUCACUGGGGGGCUUGCAACACUGUCAACGCCGUUCUUCUGGGACUAGGAGGCGGAGUGCUGGGCUCUUUGCUGCACCGGCUUUUUGGCUGGUUUGGCCUGGCGCUGACUGUGGUGGAAAUUGACCCAGAAAUAAUCAAAGUGGCAAAAAAUUUUUUCGGAUUUCAAGAAGAAGAAUCUCCUUUGCUGCGCUGCGUCUGCAGCGAGGGCCUGAGCUACGUGCAGCAGCUGCCUGCUGCUGCUGCUGCUCCCGCUGCUGCUGCUGCUGCUGCUGCCCCCGCUGCUGCUGCUGCAGCAGCAGCAGCAGACAUAAUAAUAAUAGACAUAAACAGCGGCAGCAAAAGCGACGCUCUGGUGUGCCCCCCCAAGGCUUUUGGAGAAAAAGAAACUUUAAAACUUUUUAAACAAAAAUUAAAUCCAAAAGGAGUUUUAAUUACAAAUUUACUUUGCAGGUCCAAACAAAACAAAAAAGAAUUUUUGAAUUCUUUAAAAGAGGAAUUUUCUUUCGUCGCGGUCUUCAACGUCCCAGAGGACGUUAACGAGGUCUGCGUUGCCAUCAAGGAGGGGCCCCCAACAGAGGGGGGCCCCCAACCCUCAGGAGUUUCUUCAGCAGAGCUGCUGCGGCGCCUGCAGUACUUGGAGCGUUCGUUCCUGCAGCACACGGGCAGCAAAGGGGGUUGGCUAGCUGGGCAAACUUCGAAGGAGUGGGUGGAGAGGGUCAAGCCCUGGCCUUGCCCCGAAGAGGAAGCCUUUUGA